AUGUCCAGCGUGGACUCUUACAAGGCCCAGGCCCUGUCCUGCAUUAAUAUAUUGCUCCGCAAGCUUGGAAUCAAGAACAUACUCUCGGACACAAGCCAGAUUACGUUUGAGGUCGUGAACCAGCUAGCACUUGUCUACUUCAAGCUGGACCGCUUUCCCACUCCGCAAUCUCUGACGUCAUCCAUGCGUGCGUAUGCCAAAGAAGUUAGCCUGCUUUCAUACAUUGAAAGCAAACUGGGUAUCACCACGAAUCACAUAUCUCCAAAGGGACUCAAAGAGCACCAGCUUUUCGACUGUGUCCUGCUUCUAGAGAUAGUAUACACGCUUAUUAAGAGCGAGGACAUGCCCAGUUACCCGAUGAUGUCGGAAGCGGUCGCCACGAAGUUGCUUAAGAUGCAGAUGGAACUAGAGUCACGGGAUUUGAUGGAGCGACAAGCUGAGUAUAUGGAGCAGCAGAAGAAGUACGAGGAUCCAAAGGGUAUUCUAUCUGCAAAGCAGAUCCUAGAUAGGUAUGCCGAGGCAGAUAGCCAUCAAGCAUCCAUUGGACCUAUUGGUGUUGGGGCGUCGGGAAAUCUCAACGGGUCCCUACUAAUAACUGAUUCUGUCAAUCCGCCACAGCGUUCUUCUCAGAAUCAGUCCGUUAGUUCUUCUUAUUUAGGGGACUCUAGCUCUCCCAUUAGAGGGAACAAAGGAGUCAAUCAAUCAACCCCCAGUAUUGAGCAUAGAUCUCCGCCAUACAGAACUAUGGCGCUGUCUCGACCCAGCACCAGUUCGAACACUCCGUCUCGGGCAACUAUCAGUGCUCACCAAAAGGGGAGUAGAAAGUCUGUUGUUGACCAAGAGGCACUCAAUCAGGAAGUGCGUGAAAUGGUAGAUCUCUACUACGAUAAGUACCUCCGCAAUUUUGUGGUGGCCCUUGCAGACAGAUCCGUAAGUGCUAACACUCGGGCAGCAGCCUACAGUGGCGCGUCUCCUUCCAAGUCCAUGUCCCCCUAUCGCUCAACAACCUCUCGGUCACGACAGCUGCGCACACCUGUCACACCCGGUACUGGCUCUGGACGAGGAGCAUCCAGAACACCGAGGACGCCAACCGAGCCUCGAUCUCUAACACAACAGAAAACAAUCCAAUUCGAAGAGGAGAGGAUGAAGAUAAAACUGCACAAGAUGAUCUACAAGGUAAUGCAGGAGAUACAUCAGCAAGAAGUCUCAUACUACUACAAGCUCGAGGGCCGCAUAGCUCAAACCCUAAAGAGAGCGCUUGCUGUCGAGCGGGAAAACCUCCGGCUCGAGGCAAAGUGGAAGAGGGACGAGCUAAAUGAGCAGCUACGCCAGGAGCGAAUACUAAAGGAGGCUCUUGCAACCAAGAAAGCAAACGACCUCGCCCUCAUGAAGGAAGCAGAAGAAGCCAAGCAGUUCCGACUGAAGAUUAAUAAGAUGGUCACUAACUCUGAGGCUCGCAACUGGAAACGCAGCAGAGAAGACGAGAUCUUUAAAUCCAUAGAGAGUGCGCUGCGCAGAGAAGCAGGUGCCCGCAUCAAGACCGCCGUGGACAACUUUGAGCUUUGCGACGAGGACAUAGACAGGAUUGUUGUUGAGCGUCUUCGACAGUAUGCAGGAGCAGAGCGCGACGUCACCAAUCAGCCCGGAUCCGAGGUCAUGCGCCUCCAUAACCCAGAGCAAAUGAAAAGAAAUAACGCCAACGUCUCUCAGAAUAACAUCAUCGAAGGGCAGUACUAG